AGAAAUGUGUACGAGAUGAGAGGUGAUGCAAAGCGCGUGUUGCUGUCGCCACGGCACCACUGUCACACUCUCACUCUGUCUCUCUGGUCGAUGCUCGAAUCCCCCAAACUCUCUACUCUGCUCUCAUUCCAUUCCAACACUCUGAUCAACCACUCACGUGCAUUGUUCUGCUGGUGCCGGAUGAUGAUGCAGAGGGUCACCGCAAUCAGGAACCCUGAAGAAGGUGGCGGCGGCGGCGGUGAUGCCGACAAAAAUCACCACCACAACCUCUCACUCUGGGAAACCUUUAACAGCAAAUGCAAUGUCUUCCCUCUCAAUCUGAUGCGUUUGAUGGGCUUCUUCGUCCUCUCUUUCAUCCUCUUCUCCGUUCUCUUCUCUCUCUCCGUCGUUCUCCGUGACCCUCCCUCCGAUGCCGCCCUUCACCAACCACCACCGACAACAACAACCACCACUGUUUUCCAUCUCAACCAACCACAACAAGGUUUGGACAAUGAUGCCUUUGAUUCUGCUGAGUUGCUAAAGGAUAAACUGCUCGGUGGCCUUCUAGCUGAUGGGUUUGAUGAAAAAUCUUGUCUCAGCAGGUAUCAGUCAGUUAUGUAUCACAAGGGACUAUCAGGAAAGCCUUCUUCUUACCUUAUUUCUAGAUUAAGAAAAUAUGAAGCUCUACACAAAGAAUGCGGACCUUAUACCGAAUCCUAUAAUAAAACUGUGAAACAACUCAGGUCUGGUCAAUUUACUGAAUCCCCAGCUUGUAAAUAUGUAGUGUGGGUUUCAUUUAGUGGGUUAGGGAAUAGGAUAUUGACCCUAGCUUCUGCAUUUCUCUAUGCUCUCCUCACAAACCGAGUUUUACUGGUUGACCCUGGAGUGGAUAUGAUUGAUCUCUUUUGUGAACCGUUUCCAGAUACAUCCUGGUUUCUCCCUCCCGAUUUUCCUCUCAACAGUCAACUAAAUAAUUUCAGUAAGGAAUCUCGUCAAUGCUAUGGGAAAAUGCUGAAAGAAAAAUCAAUUACAAACUCCACCGUGCCAUCUUCUGUCUACCUUCAUUUAGUCCAUGAUUAUGAUGAUCAUGAUAAGCUUUUCUUCUGUGAUGAAGAGCAAGUGUUUCUAGAUAAAGUACCUUGGUUAGUGAUGAAAACAGAUAAUUAUUUCGUUCCAUCUCUAUUCUUGAUGCCAUCUUAUGAGCAGGAACUGAAUGAUCUCUUCCCAAAGAAAGCAACAGUGUUCCAUUUCUUGGGUAGAUAUAUGCUCCACCCCACAAACAAUGUGUGGGGACUUGUUGUCAGAUACUAUCAAGCUUAUUUAGCUAAAGUUGAUGAAAGAGUAGGCAUACAAAUUAGAGUGUUUGUUCCAGAACCUGGUCCAUUUCAACAUGUUCUGGAUCAGAUCUUAGCUUGUACUUUGAAGGAGAAUCUUUUACCCGAUGUUGACCGUGAGCAGAAUAAUAUUAGUUCAUCUGGACUACCAAAGUCAAAAGCUGUGCUCAUGACAUCCUUAAGCUCUGGUUAUUUUGAAAAGGUAAGAGACAUGUAUUGGGAGUAUCCUACCGUGACAGGAGAAGUGGUCGGCGUUUUCCAGCCAAGCCAUGAAGAGUAUCAGCAAACGCAGAAGCAGAUGCACAACCUAAAAGCUUGGGCAGAAAUGUAUCUCUUAAGCUUAACAGACGUGUUGGUUACUAGCUCGUGGUCUACUUUUGGCUAUGUGGCUCAGGGGCUUGGAGGUUUGAAACCAUGGAUACUCUACAAACCUGAGAAUCAAACCGCUCCGGAUCCUCCUUGUCAACGUGCCAUGUCAAUAGAGCCAUGUUUCCAUGCUCCUCCCUUCUAUGAUUGCAAGGCUAAGAGAGGAAUUGACACAGGUGCACUUGUUCCUCAUGUAAGGCACUGUGAGGAUAUGAGUUGGGGCCUUAAGCUUGUAGACAAUUAAUUGUAGUUAGCUAGUUGUGGUCCAUGCCAUGUAUGCUAUUUUAGGAUAAAAAAAGUGUGGCAAAUUUUGUUGUAAAAUAGAAUGAGUUAUUACUUAAUCAUGUAUUCUCAUUGAGAGUUUCCUUUUCUUUUUUUUGACAA